AUGGCUUCGCACACGAAGAAAGACGAUUUCUGUCUGGAGUGCCAUUGGGAGGCAUUCCAUCUGGACGUAAAAGACCCGGAAGAGCCUACUGAGACCGAGGCUCAGGUGCCCCAAUGGAAUUGCUCCGAGGAGGAGCAUCACCCGGCGGUCCCCCAUUGUGAUGUCGGGGAGGACUGUCACGUUGACGACGAUUGCUGUGACAUGGACAAUUGCUCCACCACCUGCCCAUCCGUCUGCGACGGCUUCGUCGACUGCGAGGAGGUCGCCGAGUGCUCUGUAUCACAUUGUGAUGACGUUCACUGCAAUGAUACGAAUUGCGACAGCACGGACCCAGUCUGCUUUGAUGAGCACUGCUUCGGCAGUGGCACCAAUGCCUAUGGCGAGCACAGUCUCGAGGCGUUACUAGCCUUAGGGUCGCCGUUGAACCUCGAGUCAACCGAUCUGCUGUCUUCGACCACGCUGCCCCAGGCGCCGGACGAGCAGCCUAAGCCAGCCGGGCUCCCUGCCACCGGCCUGGUGGGUUCCACAGAUGCCUUUUUCGCUCCCUUCGCGCCCGGGCCGAUGUCACACUGCCACUCCCACAGCCAUCAGCACUUCCAGUGCCACGAUUUCUCCAAAGAUGCUCACCUCGCGUGGUAUCCGAUGCCCACCUCGGUCAACCCUGCGGACGUCUUUCACAUGAUGAACUUCCACGUACAGCAGGUGCCAGACUGCAGUGAGCAUCAGAAGCCUACCGACGAUGCCACCUCGAACUCGUUUACCUGCUUCCAUAUCAAUCCCAACCCGAAUCACAGCCAUCCUCACAAUCACAACCACAACCACAACCACGGCCACAGUCACAGUCACAGUCACCUCCACACUCACAAUGCCAUCGACACGACCGACAUGACCAACCUAACGCCCACCCAAGAAACACCCACAGUCACAACACAACGUAAACCCUGUCGCACACACGUCCACCGCUGCCGAACCCACAGCCACGCCCACCAUCAUUACUCUCCCUACUCCCCUUACUCGCGCCACUCCCGGUCCAGCGUGAGCUCCCAGCUGAGUCCCGGGGAAACGCCGCCUCCGCUGGACGGAGGCUCGUCUUCCGUGCUGACCAGCCCGGAGUACAUCCCCGAGACCGAGUCCCACACAUGCCGAUGGACCACGAUCAGCGCCGACGGCACCAAAAAGGCCUGCGGGGCCACUUUCUCGGACUCCUGUGGUCUGCAGGAGCACCUCAUCGCCUGCCACAUGGCCACAGUGGAGGGUGCCAAGGGCACGGGGUAUUACUGCUGCUGGGAGGGCUGCCACCGGCCGGACGAGCCGUUCUCGCAGAAGUCCAAGCUGCAGGGCCACUUCCUGACGCACAGCAACUACAAGAACUUCAAAUGCUCCGUGUGCGGCAAGUUCUUCGCCCGCCAGGCCACGCUGGAGCGGCACGAGCGCAGCCAUCGCGGCGAGAAGCCGUACAAAUGCGCCGAGUGCGGCAAGUCGUUUACCGACAGUAGCGAGCUGAAAACGCAUUCGCGGACCCAUACGGGCGAAAAGCCUUUCAAAUGCACAUAUCCGGGCUGUAACUUCCAAACGGGCGAUAUGCAGUCGUCCAACAUGUCCAGUCACCGACUGACGCACGGCGAGCGACGGCAUAAAUGCCACUACCCGGGCUGCACGAAGAGCUUCACGCGCCACGAUCAACUCAAACGACACCUCAAAAGCACGCAUAAAGACUGCAGUAGCAGCACCACUAUGCCUUCUCCUUUGACGGACCAGUUCGGAUUGUCACUCGCCGGAGUGGCCUCAACCCCCCCCUUCAACUCCCGAACCCGCUGCCCAACCCGCCUCCGCACCUCCGCCCGCGUCUCAGCAUCCACCCCCUGCGGAUUCAGCCCCGUGUCGACCGUCGCCGGCGCCUCCGCCCCGUCCUCCACCCCAAACACCUUCUCCACCCCCGCCCGCCCCGCCGCGUCCAGCACCGACACGUCCCGCGUGUACAGCGCGUACACCGCCAGCAGCUCGUUCAGCGCCUCCCGCGCCGCCUCCCGGUCCGACGCCGCGUAG